UUAUCUGGAGCAAUAUAGGUCAUGUACAAAACAAAGGACACUAUAAAAGGAACAUGAGAGGCUGUGAGGAUGACAGAGCAAGAGCUGGAAACAAACAUCAGUGAAGAAUGAAGGCUUUAGUAUGUAUACUGCUGCUGUUGGAUACCUUUGUGUUUGUCGUUCAGCAGCAGGUAGAUGGAGGACUCAAUGAGAAUGAGAUCAGUCAACAGAUCAGCUCUGAGGACGGAAGACAGAAUUCACCUCAAACAGACACUUUGAGAGCUGAAGCUUCAACUGACAGCCAACAAUACUGUGAUCUGGGCAUCCCUGAUAUCCAUGCAGCACUGAGAGAACUGACCGCCACCGUUACAGAGCAGAAAGCAAACAUCAGAGCUCUAGAGAUGCAAAUGAGGGAAGCUGAGCAGGCUGCACAACAACAGAUGUUUAUCCUGGAAGAGCUGAACAAGAAAAAUGAUGAAAUUUCAAAUCUUACUCAGAGUCAAGUGGAGGAGUUGAGAAAGGAAAAUAGAGACAGAGAAAUAGCUUUUUCAGCUGGAUUGAUGGAAUCUGGCAGUGGAUAUGUUGGUCCUUUUACCACUAACAUCACACUAACCUACAGGAACGUCAUCACAAACAUAGGGAACGCCUACAACCCAUUUACAGGUAUUUUCACAGCCCCACUGAAAGGAGCGUACAUGUUCAGAAUCUCUGUAUAUGGUCAUGGUGGAACUGCAGCAACUGCAUCCAUUUUUAAGAAUGAAGAGCAUGUGGUUGUGUCAUUUAAUUAUCAGGCUGAGGAUCGGGUAAACUCCUCUAAUGGAGUUGUGUUGAUCCUGGAGGUUGGAGAUGUUGUAUAUGUGAGACUUUGGUCUAACACGAGGAUAGCAGAUACCAAGAGUAACCACAACACUUUCAGUGGUUACCUACUGUUUCCCUUAAGAGAAUAG